CCGUAACCACUCGUAAUUGACAUGUUUCAUUGGAGUCACGUUCAGAUAAAAUGGUCGCACAUGCAUGGUAUUGAGGCAUGUAAUCCUAAUACCCCAAUCCCAGCGAACCUUUGUUGUGGUUUAUGGCAACAGGGCGGUGUCGGAAGGCGAGACGGGUAGUGCAGGGAUCUCAACAGAGUCGAUGUGAGGAGAUUUGGGACGGACAAAAGCGCAUUUAGGACGUGCUCAACAAGCACCUGUGGACCUUAAGUGUGACGCUCCAUGCUGCACCACAGCUGUGUAGGUAAUUGUCCAACCCAGAUCAGCCGGUGAGGCUUGACGUGUCGACUGCAGCCAUUGGGCCAUCGAUUUACCGCGGAAUUCCGGCGAAGCAGACGACAACAAUUGCAGGUUGGGGGUUCAUGUCGGGGAAACCGUAAGCAUGGCGGACGAUAAACAGCCUGAGGACCACACCUUGUGGAACACCGUUUCGUGGCUCAGAACGAGACGAGACGCUAUUCCGGCAAUCCCCCAAUCAAGGCCACAGUUACCAGACUUUAGCGCUAUGAUGUCAGACUCGACGACAACAGGGGACUCUUCCGAUCAAUCCAAGCUUGAGGAAAAGCUGAAGCAAUUUGAAAAAGAGGAGAUGGAGAGAAAAGAGCGAAACGAGUUGCAACAACAGCAACAUGAGCAAAAUGGCGAAGAGAGCUCUACUAACAGAUUUCGGGAUAAGAGGAGAAAGAAUAUUAUUUUUGACGAGGAGAGAUUUGAGGACACCUUCCUGAAAUGUCUUAUCUGUCGAGAGAAUUUUGACAUGGAUGAAAAGAUGCCCAAAAUGCUCCCUUGUCACCAUACAUUCUGUCUGGAUUGUCUGCGUCAGAUGUGGCGAGUAGAAGGGGAGUUUCGACAGACCUUGACAUCUGCUUUCAGAGGUAUGCCCAUGGCUGUGAAGAUUCAGUGUCCAACCUGCAGAGACGGCCUGAUCACAUCUGAAGCUGAAGUGAAGCGUCUCCCAAAUGAUCACACCAUCAUGGAACUGCUGUCCUUCAUGAAGGAAACGGGCCGAAGUGAUGUUCAAUACUGCUCUAAGCAUCAAAUGCAACCCCUCAACUUUUUCUGUGAGCCUUGUAUCAUCCCUGUGUGUUGUGACUGUACCGUGAUCGACCACAAAGAGUCCAAAGGACAUAUUGUCGUCAAUGUUAACGAAGCCAUGGACAAAUACACACCAAUCCUGGAGACUACCAUGGAAGAAAUACAGGUUGAGAAGGGAACUCUCGAAUCCAAGAAAGAAACUUUAAUGAAGAGUGCGGAGAAACUUGAUACUACACAAAAGGACGUCAACGAUAAAAUCAAGGAUGCAUUUUGUCGUCUCCGUGAAACCAUUGAUGAGCGUGAACGAGAGCUGUAUGAGAUGACAGAAAGAGAAGUUGGGAGGAAGAGGGAGAAGCUACAAGACAACAUGAAAGUGGUCAUGGAACGAGACGAGGCCCUGAAGAAUCAACUCAAAUCUCUAACCAAUGCCAAGGAAGAAAAGGAUAUAAGCUGUAUGUUUUCAGGUCACAAGGCAGCGAGAGAUGUACUGUCUCAGAAGGUCGAAGUUGUCAUUGAUUCGAUGGACAAUUUUGCAGUAGAGUUCAGCUGUGAUGAACGUCAACAGAGGAACAUUCGACAAGAAGUGACCAAUCUUGCGGAUAUUGUGUUUCAAGAUUAAGUCCGAUGACUUAACCAGACUAGGUGCUCUAUUACGCAAGUGACGUUUGUUUGUACAGAAAUGAUAGGCUGCGUUUAUUCACUUCAAGCUCCCGCAUUUAUUCCGGGAAGCAUUGGAAUGUUGAGGACAGAUACAUUCCUCCUCGUCUUCGAGCAUUUUGAGAGGAGUGUGUGAGGUUUUCCGCCGGUUUUUCCCCAGCAAUAUCACGACGGGGUCACCAGAAAUGGGCUUCACACGUUCAUUUUGAGAGGAAGGAGAUGCUAGUUUAGAUUAUCAAAAAAAGAAGGGUUCCAAUAAGGGCCUGCGAACAUUGUGAACUGAAAAAAUCUGUAAAUUACAGUUGGCACUAUGCAUUCUGUCUCUUACGGAGAAAACCACAGAAAGUUACAUUUCAGAAGAUAUCCUUUUGGGCAUAGUAAAUAUUCCAAUCACUAUCAAAACCAUUUUCCCAUUCACCUUGAUGUUCCACUCCUUCAACUUGUGACUUGAAUAAUGUGCUGAGCAGGUCAGGUGUAUUUGCCUUAAUAACUAUCAGUUUACCUCAUUUAGUGGAAUUAUUCGAUGAAUACAUGUAUGAUAAAUUCUGUAAAGUCUUGCCGUAGAAUAGUUUUUGUUUUAAAAAAUCAGCAGGAAAAUAUCAUUCAAUAUCUGCAAUAACUUGUGAAAUCAGAUUUGUUAUGGUUUAUUUUGUAUCGUUUUAGUCACUCUUGGUUUUGUUUUACCGUGUACUUCCUCUCCCGUCUCACUUUCUAUCGGACUAUUCCAUAUGUGCAAUCUUUGUAUUGUAUCUAUUGCUUCUGGGUUUCCUAUUUUGUCAGCAUGUAUUUUAUGCAUUGUAACAUAAGUAUAUUUUUCAGAAGUUUACUUACCCGUUUCUUAAACCUGUAUUAAUGUAUUCUCGUCAGUUUCAUUUCAAUGUCAUACUGUAUCAUCAUAAGUAAACAUACUUUUUCAAAUUUCCAAGACAUCGCGUUUUAUAAAACAGCGAGUGGGGAUUAUCUGCACACGUGAUAACGAUAUAGCAUCUAUAAAACUCACUUCACUCACGUUCUUAACGGAUUUAGGCAAUCGGAGUCAUCCGUAAAUACUAAACGCUGAAAAUGGUUCGAUCAGAACAACGGGUUCACAUUUUAAUUAGUAUUGUUUCUAUUUAAGAUUAAGCUUUUAUUGUCAUAUAGAAGGCAUAGACUGUAUUACAAGUAUUUUCGUAAAGCGAUGCCUCUGAUUAAGACAUACAUAUUUGCCAUCUAACAGCAAUAUAUCAGCUUAAAGUACUAUGUAGGACACAGAAUAUGAUGUUAAUAAGGGUACUGAUGAUGCAGCUUUGUAAUAUAUGUAAUAUUUUGCCGCUAUUUCUGUGAUCUCGAGCCGAUUUUGAGGAUGAUAUACAUUCUGUUUGGUAUAUACUACCUAUGUACAUUAUAUAAUUAUUGUACUCAUCGCUAUUUGAGUACUGAAAUAAAAUUAUAAAUGAUAAA